GUUGACUGACAGGCGCACACAUACACACUGGGCCACGCGCGCGCCGCCCUGCCCCACUCGCGCAGCGCGGGCCUCCGUCGGCCGCAUUGUCCGCCCGCCGACCCCGCGCCGUCCCGCGUCUCCGCUCCGCUCGCGUCGCAGCCCCCGGCCCGGCUCGGACCAGCCCGCGGCGCCGCCCGCGGGACCCCGACGCGGGAAGAGCCACGCAAGUUUCUUUCUUCAGGAGAAGAGUCCCUGCCCCAUCAUGUCAAGACGGAGCCAGCGCCUCACCCGCUACUCCCAGGAUGAUAAUGAUGGCAGCAGCAGCAGCGGUGCCAGCUCUGUGGCAGGGAGCCAGAGCGCACUGUUUAAAGACAGUCCUCUCAGGACUUUGAAGAGGAAAUCCAGCAACAUGAAGCGCCUGUCCCCAGCUCCACAGCUCGGCCCCUCUGACUCUCACACCUCCUACUACAGCGAGUCUGUGGUCCGAGAGUCCUACAUAGGCAGCCCCCGGGCCGCAUCCCUUGCCAGGAGUGCCCUCCUGGAUGACCGUCUCCACAGUGAGCCGUACUGGAGCGGGGACCUGCGGGGGAGGAGGAGGAGAGGAACAGGUGGUUCGGAGAGCAGCAAAGCCAAUGGGCUCGCCACGGAGAGCAAGGCCUCAGAGGACUUUUUCGGCUCUUCCUCAGGCUACUCUUCAGAGGAUGACUUUGCAGGCUACGCGGACUCUGACCAGCACAGUUCAGGGUCAGGGUUAAGGAGUGCAGCAUCUCGGGCAGGCUCAUUUGUCUGGACACUGGUCACUUUCCCAGGCCGGCUCUUUGGUCUUCUCUACUGGUGGGUUGGCACCACCUGGUACCGUCUGACGACUGCUGCCUCCCUCCUGGACGUCUUCGUCUUAACCAGGUCCAGGCACUUCCCACUGAACCUGAAGACUUUCCUGUGGUUCCUCCUGUUCCUGCUGUUCCUGACUGGUCUGACUUAUGGUGCUUGGUAUUUUUACCCCUUUGGGCUGCAUACAUUGCAACCCACCUUGGCCUCCUGGUGGGCAGCAAAGGAGAACAGGAGGCAGCCGGAGGUGUGGGAAUCCAGAGAUGCCUCCCCGCACUUCCAGGCUGAGCAGCGGAUUCUUUCCCGGGUGCACUCCCUGGAGCGGCGCCUGGAGGCUCUUGCUGCCGAGUUCUCUUCCAACUGGCAGAAGGAGGCCAUACGGCUGGAACGGCUGGAGCUGCGGCAAGGGGCCACUGGCCACGGAGGCGGCAGCAGUGGCCUGAGCCACGAGGAUACCCUGUCUCUCCUGGAAGGGUUGGUGAGCCGCCGUGAGGCUGCCUUGAAGGAGGACUUGCGCAGGGACACAGUGGCUCGUAUGCAGGAAGAACUGGCCGCCCUGAGGGCAGAGCAUCACCAAGACUCAGAAGACCUCUUCAAGAAGAUUGUCCAGGCCUCUCAGGAGUCUGCGGCUCGUGUCCAGCAGCUGAAGACAGAAUGGCAAAGGAUGACCCAGGAGGCCUUCCAGGAGAGCUCUAUGAAGGAGCUGGCACGGCUGGAAGCCCAGCUGGCCAGCCUGCGGCAGGAGCUGGCUGCCCUGACUCUGAGGCAGAACUCGGUGGCAGAUGAAGUGGGACUGUUGCCACAGAAAAUCCAGGCUGCCAGAGCUGAUGUGGAAUCCCAGUUCCCUGACUGGGUCAGUCAGUUCCUUCUCCGAGAUAAGGGUGCCCGUAGCGGACUCCUACAGAGAGAUGAGAUGCAUGCUCAGCUGCAGGAGCUGGAGAGCAAAAUCCUUGCCAGCAUGGCUGAGAUGCAGGGCAAGUCAGCCAGGGAGGCGGCAGCUUCUCUGGGACGGACCCUGCAGAAAGAAGGCGUGGUUGGGGUGACAGAGGAGCAAGUGCACCGGAUCGUCAAGCAGGCCCUGCAGCGCUACAGUGAGGACCGUAUCGGAAUGGUGGACUACGCCCUGGAAUCGGGAGGAGCCAGUGUCAUCAGUACCCGGUGCUCUGAGACGUACGAGACAAAGACCGCCCUCCUCAGCCUCUUCGGCAUCCCCCUGUGGUACCACUCCCAGUCACCCCGAGUCAUCCUCCAGCCAGAUGUGCACCCAGGCAACUGCUGGGCCUUCCAGGGGCCUCAGGGCUUUGCUGUGGUCCGCCUCUCUGCCCGCAUCCGCCCCACAGCGGUCACCUUAGAACAUGUGCCCAAGGCCUUGUCCCCCAACAGCACCAUCUCCAGUGCUCCCAAGGACUUCGCCAUCUUCGGCUUUGAUGAAGACCUCCAGCAGGAAGGGACACUUCUUGGCACAUUUGCCUAUGACCAGGAUGGGGAGCCCAUCCAGACCUUCUAUUUCCAGGCCUCUAAGAUGGCCACAUACCAAGUCGUGGAGCUCCGGAUCCUGACCAACUGGGGCCACCCUGAGUACACGUGCAUCUACCGCUUCCGGGUGCACGGAGAGCCCGCCCACUAGCCCUCUGAGACCUCGUGCCUGCCGCUAGCCACCUGGGAGGCUCACCCUUCCCAGCGUCGACCCCCGCGCCCGCCGAGAGUAGGUGCCCAGCACCGCACCACCUGCCCGCACACGCUUGAUAGCGCUGACUUCCAGAGCAAGAAGGAAGAGGCGGCACAUGAACGGGCUCUCUGCACAGCCAGCAGCUUCAGCUUGCCAGCCGGCUCCGCGCCUCAGUCCUUCCUCCUGAGCUAGGCGCCCGCCGGGGUGCAGACAUGUAGCGUACUUCGGAGGACUGGGGGUCAGGAAGUGAGACUAUUUGGUGGAGGGCUUGGCCCCAGGGAGCUCCUGGUAGGUGCCAAAGCCAUGGGCACACUAAGCCAGAGCCCCAGUGGGGUGAGCUGGGGGGUCUCGUGGCCUUUUAGGGCAGUGCUCAGCACUCUGCAGCGGGGAUUGUCUCUGCAGACCAGGGCCUGGUAAAGGACUCAGAGGCUGCUGUGCUCUUCCAGCAUGGCAGGUACCGUGGCCCACAGGGCCCCUAGGGUUUCUUGUAUCCUGGGGGUACCAGCUCCUGUGUGCCUCUGAGGACUGCUGUCUGUGCCAACCUAGAAGGUCCCCAGUGCUGGGGACCAUUGCUUUUUCUUCUUCUGUGGGAUGAGGGUCUGCCCUACUUCAUUCCUGCUGCAUCCUGCCUGUGCUCCAGAGCAAGCUUUCCAUUCCCCCAAGGGAGGACCUAGGCUCUUUGGGGCCAUUCCAUCAGGGUAGCCUAGAAGAGAGGAGACACCACUUUGUGGGUUCUCCUGGUCCAGUGCCAAUAGCCACGGUGUGGCUCAAGGUGUCAGGUUACACUAGGCUAUCCCAGCUAAUGAGACCCUAGUGAGGGUCCUGCCCACUCUAAAGCAACUCCCUUGGGCUCUCAGCUCUUUCUUAGUUUCCUUUCUGACUCCUUCUCUAUGGGGGCAGUUAGGCAGGGGCUGUGUGUAGGGGGGGAGGCUGGCAGAAGUUCCCUUGUGUGAGGAGGAGGAAGAGGCCUUAGACUGAACGGCCCGCUGUACUAUAUACAGAAUUCUCAAGGUCUGGUUUAACUGAAAAGCUCCAGCCUUGAUUGCUAGCCCCACUCUGAGGGGCACCAGCUGCUACUCAGUUCCCAGUUCCUGGCCUAUGGGAAGGGCCAGGGGGAGAUGCCAGGCGGGGGCAAGCAGGAGCCGUUAGGUGUUCUGGGAAGGGAUAGCCUGCACAGCCCUGCCUGCGGGGCUUGUCUCACUCACUCUCCUGUGACAGAUGCUGCACUGCUGGUUCCUUUUUAAACAAACAAAACCCUCUCCAGACUAAUUUAUGCCUAUGCAAAAAUAAAGGAUGCCCAGGAUCAACGGAUCAUGCUUUUU